AUGCCUUAUCCUGAUCAUCACUCUUUACGUCAAAUUACCAACCGUCUAAUCAACGAUGAAUUAUCCCAAGACACAAAUGAGUUGCAAACUGAGUUUUGUCGAAUGAAAGAAUGUCUAACUGAAGAGCAGUCGAAGGUUUUUAAUGAAAUUAUGCAUGCAAUCGAUAGUCAAAAUGGAGGGUUGUUUUUUGUAUAUGGUUAUGGUGGAACUGGGAAGACUUUUUUGUGGAAGACAUUGGCUUCUGCAAUUAGAUCAAAAGGACAGAUUGUGUUGAAUGUUGCUUCGAGUGGUAUUGCUUCGUUAUUACUAUCUAAAGGAAGUACGGCACAUUCUAGGUUUAAAAUCCCCAUUAACUUGACAGAAGACUCCAUGUGCCACAUUAAGCCAAACGAUGAUGUUGCUGACCUACUAAAAGAGGCAAAGUUGAUUAUAUGGGACGAAGCCCCUAUGGUCCACAAGCAUGCUUUUGAGGCACUAGAUAGAACAAUGAAAGACGUUUUAUCGUCUUCUAUGGGUCACCAGUCUGAACUACCAUUUGGGGGUAAAGUUAUUGUUUUUGGUGGGGACUUUAGACAAAUCCUCCCGGUCAUUCCUAAUGGUACUAGACAACAAAUUGUCAAUGCAUCUUUGAGUUCUUCAUAUAUAUGGUCAGAAUGCAAGGUUUUAAAAUUAACAAAAAACAUGAGGUUGACAGUUGGAGCUCAAACAUCUAACGUUGAGUCUAUUGAGAAAUUUGCAAGAUGGCUACUUGAUAUUGGUGAAGGAAACCUUGGUUCAGAAAAUGAUGGUGAAGCACUUAUAGAGAUACCGGAUGACUUAGCAAUCACCGAUUUGGACGAUCUAAUACAAAGUUUAAUCGACUUUGUUUAUCCUUCAAUUUUAGAAAAUUACAAAAAAUCUGGAUUCUUUUCUGAGAGAGCUAUUUUAGCACCAAAAAAUGAAGUUGUUCAUGAAAUUAAUGAUCGUUUACUUUCGUUAUUUCCGGGUGAAGAAAAAGAGUAUUUGAGCUCUGACAGUAUAUGUCAAACUGAGCAAGUACUUGAUUCUUUCCAACAAGAUUUGUAUUCGGCUGAUAAUUUGAAUGCUCUUAAAAUAGCCGGUUUACCUAAUCAUAAGUUGGUUCUUAAAGUUGGUGUUCCUGUAAUGUUUCUUCGAAACAUUGAUCAACAAAGUGGUCUAUGUAAUGGAACUAGACUUCAAAUAACCUUUCUCGGUAAACGAGUUAUUGAAGCUGAAGUAAUAUCAGGUGGGAAUAUUGGUACUAGAGUUUAUAUUCCAAGGAUUUCAAUGAUUCCUUCUGACAAGAAGAUACCGUUUCAGUUUCAAAGAAGGCAAUUUCCGUUGUCAGUAUGUUUUGCUAUGACAAUUAACAAAAGUCAAGGGCACUCUUUAUCAAGAGUUGGGCUAUAUUUAAAGGAUCCAGUUUUUAGUCAUGGUCAGUUGUACGUUGCUUUAUCUAGAGUGAAGACGAGAGAAGGUGUCAAAAUUUUAGCGUACGAUGCUGAUGGUAAACCUUCGAAGCAGACAUCAAAUGUGGUUUACAAGGAGAUAUUUGGUAACUUGUGA